GAAAAUAUUUAAACUUUAAACUAGCAUGAGCUUUUCUUUUUGUUGUUUGUUUGUGUGCUCGUUUCAUUUGUGAUGUCAACGCCAGCCAGGCAAAAAGGUGUAACUAACCUGGCACUGCAGAGUGUAGAAAUACUGUUAUGCCAAAGCCCAGAUAAACACCAUCUACUGCUCAGAUUUAUUAAUUUAUUUUUAUCAAUAAUACUUAAAAAGAACAAAUUUUACUGGCAAAUCUGGAAGAUGUUUCCCCACCAGAUAAUAAUAAGUUCGAGUACAUCAUCCACUCUUUAACUUGCCCUUUUAAAACAGGAGGAGGUAUCCAGAAUUAAUCAUCAUCAUGACCCAACACUUUCUGAUCUACUAUUGUGUGUUUAAGCUGCACUGCAGUGUUGAUUUAUGGCAUCUCCAGCACUUAGAUCUGAAUAUAGAAAGAUGAAGAAUGAGUCCAAGGAAAAUAAGUGUUGGAAUGACCUCAUUUUGUGGAGACAACAUGUCUUGGUCAGCUUCAGAAAGCUGUGAAGAAGCUGCAUUUUUCUCUGUGCAGUUAUUUUACUACCAUUAGAGAAAAGAAAAGAUCCCAGCAUCUCUUGCAGAAUAAAGAGAAAUGACUCCAGGUUUCUAGAAUGUAAAGAUACACUGAUGGCUGCCUUCACAUCCAGAAGACAUCAUUUAUAAUUAGCCUAAUGUAAAUAUAAUAUGCCUCAGUUCCGUUCAUUUAGAAGAAGUGAUCAAUAAGCACUAUUUUGUCACCAUACUGUCCCACACUAAUUGUUGCUGAGGAAAAUGGAUGUCAUUUCUCAGCAGUGAAUAUUCCUGAUGUCACUGAGCUUGAGGACUUGCAGCUUCUAAAUACAAACAGUUUCUUGUGCUGUUACACAUCAGCAGAGUCACAUAGAGGUAACAUGUUUCGUGUGUUCAGCUUACCCUCCAGCCUCCACUAACAAAUUAAUUAUCAGUGACUUUUGGAAGGCAAAACAGGUGGUGAUGAGCUUAAAGAUUGUCCAUGUAGACAAAGAUCUCUUGCUUCCCUGAAGAGAGCUGGCAUCACUGCUGGUAGCCCUUAAUCUUUUAAAUCCUUUAACUUGCAACUUGUCCAUACAAUGUAUUUGAAAGAGUGAGAUUCUCUUUUUACCAUCCAUCCUUCACGCUGACUUGAAGAGUUUGGAAGCUUUCUUCUUUUUCUGCCAAUUAUUUGAAUUUCUUCAGUCCACAGUAAAACCAAAGAAAAUACUCUAAUUUCUGGCUUUGAUGAGUUAGUUUGAAUGCUAAAUAAUGGGCAUAACUUAAAAAUUUGUGAAUUUUACACAUAACGUGAUCACCAGUUUAUAGUAUUGCAACAGGGUUUGUCAUUCUGAGCAGCUGGAAGUGUUCAGAAAAAAGCUGAGCUCUGUGCAGGAGAAUCGUGACUCCUCUUGACAGUCUCCCACAGCUCUUUCUGGAUGCUAACAUUGCUCCCUUGCUGGCUGGGGGUCACAUUGUUAUACAAGCCAACUUCACAUGGCCUUAAAAAUGGUUGUUUUCAGGCAGCCCACAACCUCUGCUGAAAAAUUGGUUUCCUUUUUUUGGCCUCUGAAAGCUUAGAAACGUAGAAGUAUCCAGUUAUUUAGAUAAUGGGCUUUCAAGCAACAUUUUUAUUAGGUGUCUGAGUUUAAGGCUUUUUGAAUGUAGGUUUGUUUGGUUCUAUGUCUUGAUACCAUCAAGUAAUUAAUACUCCACUUGGAUAGCAGAAAAUGCAUUCAUAUUUUAUUUGCCUCACAUUAAAUGGUUCCUUUUUUGUUGUUGUUUUCCUCCACAAACCACAAGAAAUAAACCUACGUGGUUGAUUUGAUCUUUGGGUUCGCACCAAAAAGUCACUUGCUGUGUAUAACAUGAGGUGACAUGCUCCAGACAAGCAGAAUGAUACCUAGGGUAACGUAAGCAAACUAAAUUAAUGUUUAGUAUAAAUUUAUUUGGUGUGAGAACAUGUGAAAUCUGUCUGCUGCAGCAUUCUUGUAGUAUAGAACUAACACUUGUUUGCAUGCUGUGUUGAACAUGCACGCUCAGUUGUGCCUACAGGACUACACAGUUACCUCCAAGAACUGUGCAUAGCCACAGGGACGGGAAGCCUUUCCUGAAUAUGGGAGGUCUGAGGCCAAAACGAGGACAAAAACCUUCUGUAAAUAUCCAAAUAUUCUGCUUCUAUAACACUGUAAAGACUGAACUACUGUUUUCUGGGGCUUUCCCGUCUGUGGUGUCCCCGAGGAUUUUGGAUGAUCAACACACUAAUAGAUUUCAUAAUCAAACAGUGAGAAUGUGUGACCAGGAAUUUCACUGCUCUACAGACUCACCUUUUUACAGGCCAUGGUUUAACUUGCAGUUUCCUUCAUGUAAUAGCUUUAGGAUUUUUUGGGGGCCAAUUUGCUUUGGCUGCUCUGGAUGGAUUUCUCAAUCUGCUCUGUGUCUUCUGGUGGAAAGUGCUGGAUUUAGACUGACUGAGGGAAAGUGCUGGACUGAGACUCAUUCUUUCACAGACAAGAAGCAGCAGUCUCCCUUCCUUUCAUGCUGUCACCUCUGCAUUGCAUCCUUCCCUUAGACAAGCCUGGGUAAGGGGGAAAUGAGAGAAUGUCAGCCUCUAACGAUCGAUCCAUUUGCCAGAUCCCUUACUAAAAGUGGUGUGAUAGCCCCUCUAUGGAGCUGGACUCAAUAAUUCUACCCCAAGUGGUAAAACUGCCUUGGGGUGUUUCGAGAGCCUUUUGUGAAACUCCACUGGGGUCCAGAUGUCUCAUAGCUUUUGUGAUGUUGUGAGUAGUUUCAGAAGGAAAAUCUGUGAGGGAUAGGGUUAUGAAUCAUCCGUCUAUCCUGCGUCCAUGAAGAAGAAAUAAAAACCCCGAUCCAAAAAAAAUCCAUUUAAUUCUGGAAUUUUCUGACCUAUUUUGGUGCAAGCUGAUCUAAAAAAAAAAAAAAAAAUUAAACUACUCUCCUGAUGAGUUUCUCAUAUUGUUUACUUUUGUAACGUUCUCUGUGGACUAGCAGCCAGAAAUGACGUCCACCCGUCGUCCAGCAUCAGAAUAAGAACUUCAGAGGAAGGAAUGCAACUUCAUAAAUAGGAAACCACAGAUACUAAUGGGGAGCAGAGGCAAACCUGCAGGUUAAAAAGUAGUUGCAAGAGAAGCCCAUACAUCCACACUGCGUGGAGAUUCAAAGAUGAUUUCAGCUCUAGCCUUUGUUUUUCUCCUCUGCCUCUCCUGUCCUUUUUCAUCAUGUCAGCAGAGAAGAGCAGGAGUUGAAGUUGGGCCUGAAAUGCUGGAAGAGAUGAGAGAAACUAACCGUGUGCUAAUGGAAGUUCGAGACCUGUUGAAACAGCAGAUUAAGGAGAUAACAUUCCUGAAGAACACAGUCAUGGAGUGUGAUGCCUGUGGCAUACACACUGAAGUGACGGGCCCUGUCAUCACCGUGACACAGUUUAACAGAUGUGUCCCAAACCCCUGCUUUCCUGGAGUGCCCUGCACUGAGACCAGCACUGGCUUCCGCUGCGGACCCUGUCCCCCAGGUUAUUCAGGGAAUGGGUCCCAGUGCACAGAUAUCAAUGAGUGCAGUGCAAACCCCUGCUUCCCAAAGGUCCAGUGCAUUAACACCUCUCCUGGCUUCCGCUGUGAUCCCUGCCCUCCUGGCUUCACUGGGCAAAUGGUGGAAGGGGUUGGACUAGCUUAUGCCAGGGCCAACAAACAGGUUUGCACUGACAUCAAUGAAUGUGAGACAGGUGCUGCCAGAAAUUGUGUCCCAAAUUCCAUCUGUAUCAAUACACGGGGAUCCUACAAGUGCGGAGCUUGUAAACCUGGCUAUGUUGGGGAUCAAAUCACUGGCUGCAGGAGCCAGACAGGGAGACUCUGCCCUAACGGCGAAGUCAGCCCAUGCCACGAGAAAGCACAGUGCAUCGUGGAGCGGGAUGGGUCCAUCUCCUGUGCGUGCCUUGUGGGGUGGGCAGGGAACGGCUACGUCUGUGGGAAGGAUACAGACAUUGAUGGAGUCCCUGAUGAGAAGCUGCGCUGCUCUGACAAGAAGUGCCGCAAGGAUAACUGCAUGACUGUCCCCAACUCUGGCCAGGAGGAUGCAGACAGGGAUGGAAUUGGAGAUGCUUGUGAUGAUGAUGCCGAUGGAGAUGGGAUAUUAAAUGCUGAGGACAACUGCGUGUACACACGCAACGCAGACCAGCGCAAUGCAGACAAGGAUAACUUUGGUGAUGCCUGUGACAACUGUCGCCAAGUGAAGAACGAUGACCAAAGGGACAUUGAUGGUGAUGGGAAAGGAGAUGCUUGUGAUGAUGACAUAGACGGAGAUGGGAUCAAAAAUCCAGCGGACAACUGUAAAAGAGUUCCUAACCCAGAUCAAAAAGAUAGUGAUGGUGAUGGAGUAGGAGAUAAGUGCGACAGCUGCCCGACAGUCAGUAACCCAGACCAGAAAGAUACUGAUCAUGAUCUAGUGGGAGACGUCUGUGACACCAACCAGGACAGUGAUGGUGAUGGCCACCAAGAUACAAGGGAUAACUGCCCAACAGUGCCUAACAGCUCCCAGGUGGACACAGACAAGGACGGGCUGGGUGACGAGUGCGAUGAGGAUGAUGAUAAUGAUGGCAUUCCUGAUCUUUUGCCACCAGGCCCUGACAACUGUAGGCUAGUCCCUAACCCAGGGCAGGAAGAUUCGGAUGGUGAUGGUGUAGGAAAUCUUUGUGAAGAGGACUUUGACAGAGACAUGGUGAUUGACAGAAUUGAUGUGUGCCCAGAGAACGCAGAAGUGACAUUAACAGACUUCAGGGCCUAUCAGACUGUGGUGCUGGACCCAGAGGGAGAUGCACAGAUUGACCCCAACUGGAUUGUCCUUAACCAGGGCAUGGAAAUUGUCCAAACCAUGAACAGCGAUCCUGGCUUGGCUGUAGGUUAUACAGCAUUCAAUGGAGUGGACUUCGAGGGCACAUUCCAUGUCAACACUGCCACAGAUGAUGAUUAUGCUGGCUUCAUAUUUGGCUACCAGGACAGUUCCAGCUUUUACGUCGUCAUGUGGAAGCAGAUGGAACAGACAUACUGGCAGGCAAACCCCUUCCGAGCCGUCGCAGAACCCGGUAUUCAACUGAAGGCAGUGAAAUCUAAAACAGGCCCAGGUGAAUAUCUGCGCAAUUCUCUCUGGCACACUGGGGACACCACAGACCAAGUCAAGCUGCUGUGGAAGGACCCUCGAAACGUGGGGUGGAAAGACAAGACAUCCUACCGCUGGUUCCUGCAACAUCGGCCUCAGGUUGGAUACAUCAGAGCUCGCUUCUAUGAAGGCCCCGAGGUUGUAGCAGACACUGGAGUUGUCCUUGAUACAACCAUGCGAGGAGGGCGCCUGGGAGUCUUCUGCUUCUCCCAAGAGAACAUCAUUUGGUCAAAUCUUCGUUACCGCUGCAAUGAUACUAUUCCAGAAGACUAUGAAACAUUUAGAGUCCAGCAAGACUAAACCGAGUUUUAAAUGUCCAACAAAAUUUGCUUAUAAAAAAGUGCUCAGCCUCCCCACUGUUGCCUCUGGCAUACUGUAAGUAAUAUACCACUGCACUCUGCACAGCACCAAGUGUCACUGCACUACCUGCCAUGUUUUCUACAACAGCAACUUCUCUGUAAAUGCUACGAAAUCCUUUUGGAACAGCAGAAGCACAGACAGCAAGUGUGCAUAGCAGCCUGUGCCGCUGUUCUCUACACUACAUGGAGAAAGAUGUGCUGAGAAGCUACUGCAGUAGCUGGAUUGUUUGACUAGGAUUAGUGUGGAUGAUCCCCCAAGGACUUUUUUCCCUACUUGAAGGCUCUCAAAUGUAAAUGUUAUCUUUCUCAAGGCCUACUAAAGCAAACCCAGCACGAGUCUGAAAGGGACACAGAAAGCAGCCUAUGUCCAAAGUUGCUCACAAAGUAUUAAAAAGAAAAAAAAAAAAAAAGCACUUUAGGAAGAAUAUCUUUGUUCUGGAAUGUUGGAUAAUAAAUGCUCUGAUGGACUUCUCCUUGGUCAUAUGCAUGUUGCUUUUUUCCCCUUCUAAAACUUUGCUGGUAUUGAUGUAUAAGAAUGAAACCCUCAAAAGCUGAAUGCAGGAGGAUGGCUGAGGGCCUCAGCUGAACUAAUGAUCCUGGUAGCAGUAUGAAUAACCAGGGAGAGUUUUUCCAUUCAAGAGGCUUCCUCUAGCUAAACCAUCCUACCUCCUUCUUGCAGGUAAGAGGCAGGAUGAUAAGCAAAGGCUUUGCCCUUGGUUUGUGUUAUGACACCAUGCCAGCACUCCAAGAAAUAGCUGAGGACAAGGGAAAAUUGAAGCCAUUGCUAUUAGGAGGUGCUCCCUUGGGCUGGGUACAGCGGACACUCACAAAGGGCUUCUGUAGCUGCUAACCUGGGAGGUCUUAAGUCCUGCAGUUCUGUGAUCCCCAGCCUCUUCCAGCUAAGUUACCUACCAGCACUCCAGUCUGUCCAACAGAACACAAGCCCAGGUUGGCGAGGUGUUUCAGGCAAUCAGCUCACACUAAUUAUACUGAAACCUGCCCAUGCUUUCAUCAGAAAGGCAGCUCCUGCUGAACACUUCAGUGCACUUUUGCAAGCUGUGUAGUAAACGCUGCUCAUGUUAAAUGUUACCCAACAAGCACGGUGUGAACAAAACUUCCCCGGCGCUUUGAGGACAUCUCCAUUCGCCAUCUCCAUUCGCCAUCUCCAUUCACCAUCUCUAUGUUGCCAUCAAGGCAGCCACUGAGUUUUCUUGCUCCAGCAGGGAGGAAUGCAAACCAGUCAGCUCAAAGUCCAUCACUUUGAUCCAGAAUGGCUCCAAGUGCUCAAGGAACGUUCUGUAGCUACUAAGAAACCCAUUCCAACAUGGCGAGGCCAGAGGUGGCGUGUCAAGUUCAUUUCCCAUGGCUGUAAGAAGCCAAUGAACCAACAUACGUCGCUGUUGUCCAACAGUGAGAACCUUCGGUCCAAAAGCAAAACAAAGAAGGAAGAAAAAGCCAAGCAGCCAGAGACAAAAACAGUUGAACUUUUAUUACAUUUCCUUUACAAAUAAUGCAAAGAUACAAAGACAAAAGCCUUCACACCAAAAAAAGGGGGGGGGGGGGGAAGAAAAGAACAGGUUGAAAAGGAACGUACAUCGAGUCGAGCUGCUUUUAUUUCACAUCAUUUCUCAGAUUGCAAACACUUAAAAAGCCAACUUCAGGUUUCCACUUUACCUAUAGAAAAAAAAAUAGAAGAAAAAAUAAACCCACAAUAAAUAAAACUUUGAAUGAUGUCGCAGGGACAGUUUUGUUUCCAGCGUUCCUGUGCCACCAACACUGUAGCUGAGUAGAGGAUUGCAUAUAUCAGUGUAAUAAUCCACAAAUCAUCUUGAUAGAAAAAGUUCACUCGUAAAGAACAGUAUAUUAUACUGCCUCUGAAAAUGCAUAAAUCUGACCUGUUUUUGUUUGUUUUUAUUUUCCCAAGCUCAACGAACUACAUAAAGUUGUUUUUAGCUGCCAGUCUGUGAGAGAAGCUGCCAAAAGCAGCUGUAUUUAAUUGUAUUAAAAUCAAGCCUUCCCCUCCAUUGAUACGUUCAACUUCUUCCACGAGGAAUCCCUCCAACUGAAUGGGGGCUCCGUUCA